GUCCGGAGUUCAAUGAUGAACCGUCGGCCUCGGAGGCGUCACUGGACGAAGAGGACAACGUUCAGGACCUUCGUGCUGAAGAGGCUGCGGCUGAUGAGAUCAUACCGCCUUGGGCCGAGUUAUCUGUGGGAGACCCUGAUGCCCAUGUGUACAUCAGGCACAUCACUUCCCGCAAGCUUCACCGUCUCGCUGAUGAGGGCGGGAACCGACUCCGCUGUGGGAAGAGGUGCUCAAAGAAGUUCGAGCGUCUUGCUGAGAGGCCUAGGUUUAUGGCAGAUAUGUGCCAAAACUGUUUCAAGUGA